GUUGUUCAACGAUUUCCACUUCACCGAAGAGCCCCCCAUCGUCCUUUAGCUACGAGCUCUCUCUCAGUCCCUGAAAUGGAGAUUCCAAAGGACCAGAUGGCGACUCUAAUGGAGCAUGGGCUUUACAAUUCCGCUGAAAUGCUCGGCUGCUUUCUGGUGUCAUCUUCUACUGUUAGUGCCGAAACUAGCGCUCAUCUCAAGGCUGAGAAUUUGAUUUUGCUAGGCGAUGCUUUAUUUCGUCAGAGAGAAUACCGAAGAGCCAUUCACACAUACAAGCAAGCUCUGCAUCAUUAUACGAGAAUUCCGAGGCAAAACUCCAGUAGUUCUAGGAGCUCAUUGUCUUUAUCGAGCAGAGCUUCUCUGAGUUCUUCUGGCGUUCCUUCAAUCAACGAAAAUGAGGUGCGAUUCAAAAUUGCUUCAUCCCAUUUUGCGCUUAGUGAAACAAAAGCUGCUAUUGCUGAGAUGGAAUCUAUCAAGACAAGGAACUUGGAGAUGAAUUUACUGAUGGCAAAACUUCAUCGAAAUUCUGGAUAUAACCGUGGGGCUAUUGCUUUUUAUAAAGAAUGUUUAAGGCAGUGUCCUUAUGUGCUUGAGGCCAUUGUAGCUUUAGCGGAGCUUGGAGUCACUGCAAAGGACAUCGUAUCUUCUCUUGCUCAGACUCCAAACAGAAGUGGGAAGGUUUCGCUUGAUCAGAUUGAUCCUACGCGUUGGUUGCAACGUUAUGUUGAGGCCCAGUGUUGUGUUGCUUCAAAUGCAUACAAAGGGGCUUUGGAGCUCUUUGCUGAGCUUUUACAACGUUUUCCAAAUAAUGUUCACUUGUUGCUUGAGAUUGCAAAGGUUGAGGCCAUCAUUGGGAAAAAUGAUGAAGCCAUUUUGAGAUUUGAGAAGGUUCGAUCAGUUGAUCCUUACACAUUGACUUACAUGGAUGAGUAUGCCAUGCUGCUACAGAUGAAGUCUGAUUAUUCAAGGCUAAACAAAUUGGUGCAUGAUUUGUUAAGUAUUGACCAUACUAGACCAGAAGUAUUUGUUGCACUGUCUGUACUAUGGGAAAGGAAAGAUGCAAGGACUGCACUAUCUUAUGCAGAGAAGAGCAUCAGAGUGGAUGAACGACACAUACUGGGCUACGUAAUGAAGGGCAACCUCCUUUUAUCAGCUAAACGACCAGAGGCUGCUGCAAUCGCCUUCAGGGCAGCUCAGAAUUUGAGGUCUGAUCUUCGCUCGUAUCAAGGCUUAGUCCAUUCGUAUCUGGCAUUUGGUAAAACCAAAGAGGCCCUGUAUGCUGCCAGAGAAGCAAUGAAUGGAAUGCCCCAGUCUGCAAAGGCUCUGAAAUUAGUAGGGGACGUCCAUGCUAGUACAUCCGGUGGCAGAGAAAAGGCAAAGAAGUUUUACGAGUCAGCUCUGAGGCUCGAACCUGGCUACCUUGGAGCUGCCUUAGCUUUGGCUGAGCUUCAUCUCAUCGAGGGGAGGAAUGGAGAUGCUGUAUCAUUACUCGAACGAUAUCUCAAAGACUGGGCUGAUGAUUCUCUACAUGUCAAGUUGGCUCAAGUGUUUGCUGCCACUAAUAUGCUCCAAGAUUCUUUAUCACACUAUCAAGCUGCAUUAAGAAUAAAUCCGCAGAAUGAGGCUGCCAAAAAGGGUUUAGAUCGCCUGGAGAAACAGAUGAAGGGAAUAGACCCAGAUGCACCGGAUGAGAACGAAGAGAAUGACGUUGAAGAUGCUGAUGGAGACACCGAAGAGGCCGAGCUCUUGUAAGAGAGUACUCUUGAAGACAUUCAGACAACAGACGUUUGUUUGAUUGUUGUGGACAGAUUCUAAGACACAGUUCAAUAUGUGAAGGGGAGAAAAGGAAGAAGUGGUUAUAUUUUGUAACGAGGGUUUUAUUCGAUUGAAAAUUGUUGUUAUUUUGGAAAUUCAAUGAAGAUAGGUGUUAUUCGACCACUAA